AUGGCGCAGAAGAUUGGCCGUAUAGUCGAUAGUCAAAGAGGAUCGCUGUCGACUCCAGGACUGUAUCGAUGGCUACCGGUCUCGAUCAGCCUUCAAGUUGAUUCAGCUGAACCGCAAGUUCCAGUUCCUGCAGAAGUCCCGCGCGCUCCUGACCUCUGUGCGGCUCCAGGCGGAUGGUUACAGGUAGCAGCCAAUUUUAUGCCCGUUUCCAGCCUGGUUAUUGGCGUUGACCUUGUCCCGAUUAAAGCCAUUCCCAAUGUUGUGACUCUCCAGGAGGACAUCACCACAGAGAAAUGUCGGCAG